AGCUAAAACUUUGUUGAUACGAGUCUUAAGCUUCCUGGUUCUGCACAAGCCUUUUUCUGCAUACAAACCUUCAGGCCUUCCAGCUGAUCAAUGGCUUUCAUUCAGGUCUGUUGACUGAAGCAUAUGAAACAAAGAGAUGGCGUGUGGACAGCUGUCGAGGGCGGAGGCGCUGGCGUGCUCAGGCUGCAGGCACGCGUGCCAUGUGAUGCUCUACUCUGACACAGAAAGUCAGCUGUUUGGAAAAAUUCCCAUCAGACAUAUUAUACUGAUGCAGAUGCGCUUUGACGGUCUGCUGGGCUUCCCUGGCGGGCUUGUUAACCCAUCGGAGGAGACCCUUGAGGCGGGGCUCAGCAGAGAAUUGUUGGAGGAACUGGGUGUGGCUCUUCCUAUAUCAAUAGAAGAUCAUGUGGACUCCUGCCAUGCCCCUGCUUCCUCCCCCUCCUCCCCCUCCCGUCUUAUCACGCACUUCUACGUGAAGAAGAUGGAGGAGGAGCAGAUCAAGGAGGUGGAGAGAGCGGCUGCAUCCACUGCACCAGAUCACGGACAGGAGGUUCUAGGGAUGGUCAGAGUCCCGCUCUACACCAGGAAAGGCGGGGGAGGCCUUGCGCCGUUCCUGUCGCACUCGUUCAUCGGCAACGCUCGCUCCCAGCUUGUCGACUCUCUGCUGCGCUUCAACCUGGUCGCCCCUGAGGAGCUGCACAGAGCCCUCACACACUCUCUGAAGAUACACUCACACACCGCAGAGGACCUGAAAGCGUCCCUCGCGCUGACGGAUGCAAGGAGGAAACAGUUUUGAAACACACCUUCACGCGCAUCAGCACAUCCUCUCGAAGCAGUCACACAGAUACCAGUUUGGCCAUCAGCAACACAGUCCUUCAGUCACACGCACACACAUACACACACACACACUGUCAUACUGAUUCUGAGCUGCUGACUCAUGAUUUCCUACUGUGCAUCAUGCAGUUUGGGAAAAACAUUAUGAACUCAUUAAUGGAAAUAAAAUCAGUGACACUGUCUGUUAUAUUCCAACUUUUCUGUCAUUUUUUCUCCUCCUGAUGCAGAAAACACGGCCAACACUCCUCCAUCAAACCUUUCGGUCUUAAUAUCGCCAUGAAGAAGGGAAGCCAGACAUCGAAACAUCUGACACUAAAAAGCAAGUCUGUGCUUCCUUAUAUGGAGAUGCAUAGGCACCUUGUGGUAUUCUGUAACUGUCACGAUGAAAAGGGGCAGACAAAUAACCCUGUUUUUUUAGUUUUUUGUUUUUUUUCUUUUCAGGGAGCUCUUGAGUUCUUUGUCUGCCUCUGUGCUGCUCACAUUUUCGCUGGUUUCAUUUAUGAAGUUAUUUGCACGGCAGUGCUGAUGCCAUCCAAGGAUUAAUUACAUCCAUGACAUACUAUAAAGCCUACAGGCGCAGAUUUGAUUCUGUUUAAGUGUACCCUCGGUGCGCAUAAUGCGCCUGCACCAGAUGUUAGUAACCUCAUUCCCAGACAAUAUCGCCGGCAGUGAGAAAGAGCAGAGACAUGAUGCAGCCUAAUGUUUAUACCAUACUGUAAGUGAACAAUGUCACAGUUUUUUUGCAGGUGAACCUGACAUGAUUGGUAUAUCAUAUGUAUAACUGUAUAUACAAUUAUAUAGAGAGUUUAUCUUUGAUUUAUUAAUCAUGCAGCAGGUUUACACUGCACUCAGUGUGACAAAUCCCCCAAUAUUUGAUAAAUUAGUACCUAAAAGAUGAAGCGAAGGCGAUGAAAGAUGCUGAGAGAAACACACUCAUUCACUCAUCUUUUAUUCAGCCUCAUAAUACAAUAAAUUUAUUGUAGAGUCAUUGCAUUUUACAAGCACGGCCACGUCCAUUCAUCACAACUACAUACAGAUUGAGCGGGCGCUAACAGAAUUAGAGGUGCACGUAGAAUUCAUUUGCAAAGGAGUACAAAUGUGAUCUGCUGCUGUCGAUAUGCGUCUCAAUCAGAGUGUGUUUUUCUCAGCUGUCAGGAGGGGAGGGAGGAAAGAAAAAAAAUGUACCGCAUCCGGCACCACAGACAGGAAACACAGGAGACGCUUCAUAUGAAACACUUUUGUCUGAGGAUGUGUUUGUGCAAGACUGUGGCUCUUUUUUCUUUUCACGUGUGCAGCUGCUUCGAGGACGUGCCUCCUCCAAGCAUGCAUUUGAGCCACUUGUGCAUCCUGCACGAGAGCACAUGUGUGUGUGUGUGUAUAGGGGGGGGAAAGGAUGCUGUCGUGUGAUGGUGCUGUAAGGGCGAAUAAUACAAGGUCAUCAGAAAAACAUUUCGAGAGAGAGAACAGGAAUGGAGGGAGGGCAGUGCAGGCGAGGGAUGGAUGGAUGGAGGGAGGGAGUGGGAGCUCGGGAUGCUGAGGGGAGGAAGACGGUAUAUUCAUAGCAGCAGCGGUAUUUAUAGCCGCCCAGAGGAGAGGAGAGAGCGGGGGGCGGGGCUUCGGUUGUGGCACAAGGCAGAGAGGGAGAGAGAGGGGAGGG